AAAUGUUACCAUAACUGAUAAGGAGUGAAUUUUGUCUAUACUUGUUGUUAGCUUCUUGUAUUUUGAUUCAAUUCCUUGAACCUGUGCGAGUAAAAGCAACGAAAAUUGAUUUGGCAGCAAUCGCAGAUCGGCUUAGCACCCUCCUGGAGAUGGCGCUCCAAAUAGCGCAGAACAACCGCGAUGGCCAGCAGCUGGUGGGUGGUGCUGGUCAGAGGAAGGUAGAGGUGUAUGUGCUGUUCGCAAACACAACAUAUCGCACUCUGGAUUUGUACUGGGUGUGCGAGAGGGACCGGGAAAACAUGUACGUCACCCUCAAGCCCUUUGAAGAGAUCAGGGUGAACACGUUCACUACACACAGCUGGUUGUUCCGGGACUACUACACGGGCGAACGAAUGCACGUACGUUCACAGCGAAUAUUUCAGCCAAUCCGGGUGCGCGUGCCAAAGAACCAACAGAGUCCGGAUCAGCUGGUCGACGUGCGUAGCGAGAUUUUGAUACACUUUCCUAUGAGAUCGCUGCGCGAGAACUGCCUCUGGCUGGUGGCUCGCUGGCUAAUACGGACAAGCAACGCGCCAAGAAGGAUCAUCCACGGCUAUCAUAUACCCUCAACGCUGAAGCAGCAGCUCCUUAGCCUGUUGACCUGCAUCGAGUCCUAUUCCCGAGUUGCCGGCACAAGGCGUCGUCGUUAGAAUAGCACUUUUAGUUCUUAGAGAAUGGGGGAAACUAUCGUAGGGAUUGAGAGCCAGGCUUGAUUUCCAAAUAAUUUAAUAACUUUAAUUGAUUUUCAUCCUGGUUUUCGUUAUUCACUUAUUACUUAUGUACAAAUUGGCUUGCAUAUAGCGUUUUACAGGUUGGACUACGGCCUUUGCAUUGAUUUUUUGUAUUUUUAACAGAUUACUUAUACUUAUGUUCUAUGUAUAUAAUUAUGUAUAAACCUAAUGUGAAACAAGUGUGAAUAUUACAUACAUAUAUGAGCAGUCCUCUAGGUCUGGAUGCUUCAGAUGCAAAUACAUUUUAAUGGUA